AUUAUUGGCUGAUAAGUCAUGCCUGGUCUUUGUCAAGCUGAUUGGCUUGAGUUUGGAGGAGGGAUCAAGUUACUAUAAAAGAUGAAGUGACGUGCGUCCUAAAGUUCAGCUGGUCAAAGUCAUAACGAACUUCUCCACUCGUUCUUACUUAAAAUGAAAAAAAUAAAUUAAAAGAUUACGUGACAACGAGAUAUUUGGAGAUUUCCAUCGGAUAAUUCAAUGGUCACAAUGAAAGCACACCCAAUUUAAUGUCAACGUGAGGACUUUUUUUGCAACUUGCAAUCAUAAACCUCUUCCGAUUGUUGUGAACAUGACUUGUGCAAAUGUGAUGUCGAGAUUGGGCAGCCCUGCUAUGCCCGUCUCUGUGUUGUCUGUGGAUUUGGCCAUAGGCUUCAGGUGCAGAAUCUCCCCUACCUUCAACCACCUGCUAAGGGUGUCCUCUCCCAAACCUCUGCGGCCCUGUAUCACCCGUCACCCAGCAUUAGAGUACAGCCAUUCUCCAUCAACAGCCCUUCUAUCAACAACCAAGACCAGCCGCAGGAGUAAACGCGUCGCGUUUGCCGACUCCAAAGGGCUUUCUCUCAUCACAGUCCGUCUGUUCUCCGAGAAAGAAGAGACAAUCCCAUGCGAACCCUUGAAAAUCCCACGGAUGAAGAAGCUAAACCGUGAUAAAGAGACGCCGAGGUUGCGUCUGGGGUUUGACCAGCCUUGCGUCGAUUUCCAGGCGUUCAGAAGUCGCAUGCAAGAAAACAUGGUGCUUUUAGAGAGCUGUAAGGUCACCAACCGCUCCGUCAUGGGCACCGUGCGCGUCAGGAAUAUCUCCUUUGAGAAAACUGUUCAUAUUCGAAUUACUUUCGACACUUGGCGCAGUUACCUGGACGUGCCGUGUACUUUCCUGGAUCAGUGUUAUGGUGAGCCUGGAACAGAUGUGUUCGAGUUUAACAUCGCCGUUCCUGAACAAAUAAACCCCCGAGGACGGGUUGAAUUCUGCGUGUCAUACUUGGCCGGUGGAUUUAGUGAUGCUGUGUGGGACAAUAAUUAUGCCAAAAACUAUUGUAUUCUUGUUUGUGACGCAUAAGUAUUGUUACGGUCUUCAACGUACAGCUAUGCACAUUUUCUGUGCAUAAACCCAUCAGGGUGAUUUAACUUUGCACUUUGUUAAAAGCUUGCUGACCUGAUUGGCACAAAGAACUUAUUUGAAGUGUCCUGAUCACUAGGAGGCUUCUUUGAGUAUUUUCCCACAAUGUUUUUAAGAAAUUAUUUUAAGAACUUUGCAUUUGCUUAU